AUGUUGUCUCUGAGUAUUUCGAAUUGGGGGUCUUAUAAGGAUUAUUAUGACUAUGACGACCUUCCGAGGCAUUCCGGUCACUCAAACUCAUCCCACAAAUCAAAAACUUCCACUCAUCGUCACAGGGAUUACGAAGAAACGCAUCUUUCAAAACGACGGACUCAUAAGCGGCGAUCUUCUGAGGAAUGGAAUGAUGACCUCGCUCACUAUGAGGAAGACUCACCCAAAAGGUCCAGGAAAAAUCGCUCCAAGAACGGUCAUCAUGGUCGAAAGGAUGGCUAUUCUCGUGAUAGAUCCCCGGAUUGUACUGACAUAAGUACUUAUAAGUUCCAGGCUAGCAUUAUGUCGGAGCUGACGAAACACCCAAACUUCAAAGAACGGCAUAGCAAAACUCGACAGACCCAGAAGUCAUCCAAGGAUGAGGAGAGCGAACGGCUUAAUGGGUCAUCUUCACCUAGGAAGCAUGAAGAACACGUCCCAUUAGAACAAAUACAAUUACCCCCUGAACCAAAACACAAGCAUGAAACUGACAGUCAGGACCCUGGCUCUUAUGCGGUUAGCCCUAAGCGUACUGAAUAUGUUUCAACGACUUUGGUUCCUCGCUCUCAUUCAAGUAAACAGGCCGUCCAGCAGGUUUCAUAUCACAAAUCAAGAGAGUCUGUGAGACGGCAAACGCUAGUUGAUUUACCGCUUCCUCCGGGGUUCAGUGCGUCCAGUGUGACUGAUCUUUCGCGGACGCCUCUAGCAAACGCACAAGUACCUGCGACGAAGCAAUCCCUCAGACAUUCCAUAUCACACAGACCAAAGAUCUGCGAACUCCGCAGUAAAACACGAAACAAUCUGACUUGGGGAGAACGCUCAGUUAGUGCUUUUGAGACCUUGGAGCAAGUCGGUGAGGGGACUUACGGUCAUGUCUAUCGCGCCCGUGAUUGCUUAACUGGUGAGAUUAAAGCGUUGAAAAAAGUUCGUCUUGAGAACGAGCGUGAAGGAUUUCCGAUAACGGCUGUGCGGGAAAUCAAAAUACUUCGUCAACUAAGGCAUGAAAAUAUUGUCAACCUCUGCGAAAUAGUCACCGACAAGGACAAUCCGACAGACUUCAAAAAGGACAAAGGUAUGCUAGUCGAGAUCUUACCGAUUUCCUCAGGUGCCUUUUUCCUCGUUUUCGACUACAUGGAUCAUGAUCUGUACGGUCUCCUGGCUUCGGGGGUGGUAACUUUUUCCGAAGUGCAGGUGGCGUCAUUGAUGAAGCAGUUAAUGCUCGGUAUUAACUACUGCCACAGCAAGAAUUUCCUUCAUCGCGAUAUAAAGUGUUCCAAUAUUUUGAUUAAUAACAAAGGGCAACUGAAGUUAGCCGACUUCGGAUUAGCCCGCCUUUACUUUGCUGAUGAUAAGGAGCGACCAUACACGAAUAAGGUUAUCACACUCUGGUAUCGGCCACCAGAAUUACUCCUAGGGGAAGAACGCUACGGUCCUGCUGUUGAUAUCUGGUCAUGUGGUUGCAUUCUGGGUGAGUUAUUUACACUCAAACCCAUGUUUGCUGCCAAUGAGGAGAUGGAGCAGCUUCAAAUCAUUUCACGCACUUGUGGAUGUCCCGAUCCUCAGACUUGGCACGGUGUAGAGCGCCUUCCCAUGUUUGCUACGUUUCGACCAAAAUAUCCAUACAAGCGUCGCAUAAGGCAGGAUUAUUCUUACCUUCCCCCGAUGGCACUUGAUUUACUUGAUUCAAUGUUGAGUCUUGAUCCACGGAAGCGCUGUAGCGCUAGAGAAGCUCUUGAAUCGCCCUGGCUGAAAAAUAUUGAGCCAUCGAAGAUCCCUCCUCCAAAGGUACCCGAAAAGCUUCAUUGUCAUGAAAUGUGGAGCAAAAAGCGCAGAAAGGAUAUGCUGCAACAUAGGCAAGAAAUGAAGGCCCGAAAACUCGGUAUUGAAUCCAGAGAGUCCGGCCAGUCUCAGCAACUACAAUCAUCUACUGCUGGAUCGACACUGCAAAGCACUGAGUUGCCUUCGAAGAACUCAACCUCUAUACAUUCAUCCUCAACAGGAACUGUGGAAGUGAUUACAGAUGCGGCCUCCUCGGACAAACCACCACUAUCAAGCACAGAGCUACUCGAGGAUUUGGCUUCUGCACUCAAAACAAGCACCCCCGAAAAACUACUAUCAGAUGCACUCAAAUUGGAUCCAAGCAUUAUGGAAGUAUUUCAAUCCCUCCUUGGAACCGUUGAGUCUGGAGAAAACACCUCUGCUGAGACCACGUCCACUAUCCUUUCACUCUUGACUGAGUUUGCCUCAAACGCUGGCUCGAUGCAGGAUAGCAAUGACGCAUCUAUCCAAACCACACUCCCGCUUGAACAACCUCCAUCGGAUAGUCACAGUGGUAAGACCCUUUAG